CUUCACGAGCUAACAAUCUGGCAAUGUAGUGCUUGGCUGACAUCUGACAUAUGUUCAUCGAUCAAAACAGAUGAUUUGGGACAGUCGAAAUUGUUGAGUAAAUUGAGAUUUUUGAGGGUCUAUCUGUAGUGGGGAGGCUGAAGAGUGGCAAAUUUUAAUGCCUCCAAUAAAUUACUCUUUGCAACUGGAUAGAAUGGAGGAUGUCAGCGACUUUUCAGGCGAUGUAACCGUUGUGGACGUGUACGACAUUGCCUCGGUGAUUGGCAAAGAAUGCGAAAAAAUCAUCGAUAGAUAUGGAGCUGACGCUGUCACGUCCCUCAUGCCCAAAGUGAUCAAUGCCUUAGAACUACUGGAAAGCUUAGCAACACGAAAUGAGCGAGAAAACACCCUGCUAAAUGAAUUGCAACUGAAAGUUUCCCAACUGGAAAAUGACAAGCUGGAGAAGGCCGAGUAUAGGCAAAAGUUUGAAAGGGAACUGGAGGCGAUUGAGGAACAGUGGCGAUCGGAAACUAAAGAGCUCGUUUCGAUGGUUGCCAAGCUGCAAGAGGAAAAUCGCAAAUUGGUCAAGGUGCAAAACCCGAACAACCAGUCGCCCACAACGCCCCCGGAUGGAAACGAUGCUGAAAUGUUGCAAAAACUGAAGGAUAGCCUGGAGAAGCAUCGGGAGGAAAUUCGCGAAAAGGAGAAGUUAAUUCAGGAGAAGUGCUUGGAUGCCGACAAUCUGAAGUCACAAAUUGAUCGAUUGACCACAACCAGCAAAGAACUGAGACGAAAACACAAAUCAAUGCAAAACCAAGUGAGGACACUGUGCGACGAAAGGGCGGACUUUUUGGUGCAGUUGCAGGACCAGCAGCGAGACAUCAAUGUGCUCAGGCAGCGACUUGGACUUGCCCAAAAAGAAAACGAGGACUUGGUCAUGUGCGACAUCCCCUUUCCCGCAAACAAAGCAAUUUACGACUUGGACGAUCCAAAUAGGCCCAGAUUCACUACGCAGGAGCUAAAGGACAUUUUGCACGAGAGGAACGAGUUGAAAGCCAGGGUCAGCGACUUGGAGGACGAAUUGGAGACCUACAGGCCGAAGAAGAAGACUGAAACAUUUAAAAGUAGACUUUUUAGUUUGGGCUCGCUCAGUGGUAGUUUAAGCUAUAGAGACAGUUUUGAUCAAAUGCCUUCGCCUGUCGAAGAGGCGCUCCCAUACCCUGUCGACGAAGAUGCACCCGUUCAAGGUCCUCUGCCCUACGAGCCGGACGACGCGCCUUGGAAAAAGGCGUCUGAAUCCGGAAUAAGAAAGUUUUUUCGGAAAAUAUUUUCCGAAAGCAGCGGCGGUUCUAGUUUUCCUAAGCGUAGUCUAUCCACCCUCUCGAAAAUGGCUUUGUCAUCGACUAGCGAUCCAGUGUACUGCUAAAAGUAUUGGCCAACUUUACCAGCUGCUCUCUGGCGAUAUAAACUUGAUGACUGGACAAUUUUACCACAUCUUUUAAUUUACAAAAAGCCGGCCCCACAUCCAUAUCAGAUACGCAAAGGAGCAUGGGUAUUUUUGAGAUGUCGUUACGCAGCAGCGUUUUUAGCAAAAUGAAUAGUUGCUGGUUUUUUUGAAUGGGAACAAUGACAAAUUUUAGAAUCUCAAGGAAUGGAUUUACACGCAAAACUAGUUUCAGUAUUACUUCAAACAAUAUUCCUGGGAGUUCGUUUUAACGAGGGCUGAGAAUUAGCAAAGUUAUAUCGGGAUAAAGCAGUUAAGCAGGAAAAGUGAAUAGCAUAUUUCCUUCGUUUUCCCAAGGCUUUUAAAACUUUAGGAAGAAAACUAGAGGAAAUACCAUUCUAGUCGAAUAGUAGUGCAUAAGAUUCUUAUUAUUUAUUCGUUAAAUUAGCCACGCGUGGACGCAUUUCAACGUUCCUUCGGUUUAGACGACUUUUUUACUCCCAUUUGUAGAAUUGCCUUUCUGUCUAUAUUUAUUGUGGCGUUUUAAUUUGUAAUCAAUUGCACCGAACAAAACACAUAUGUAGCAGCAAAACUGUGCCAAAAAAUAAAGUUAAAGAAGAAUA